AUGUGCCGCAAGCAGCCAGGGUUAGCAAUCGGUUGCCUAUGCGAGAGAGAUGAUGGCAAGUGUGUAAUUUGUGACUCUUACGUACGUCCGUGCACUCUGGAAUCUCGGACGCUUCUUACUGUCGGGAAUGUACGCAGCUGGAAAAAGAUCGUGAUGGUUGCCCCAAGAUUGUCAACCUCGGAAGCUCCAAGAUGGAUCUUUUUUACGAACGCAAGAAGUAUGGAUUUAAGAAACGCUAAUGUGCAGCUUCCUCAUAUAGGGCUGGCUCUGGAUGUAGGAAAAGCAGCGAGAGAGAAAUAG